CAUAAAGAAGACGUACUAUUUAAACGAAUGACUGCUACAGUCUGCGUUAAAAACACUGUUGUUUGCUGGAUCAGUCCAUACAAAUACAAGGAAAUGAAGUCGCGCGAUCUUCUUGUCGUCUUAAUUCUUCUUGCGAUCUUGGGAUCCUGCUUACAAGAUGCUGGUGCCAAGAAUACAAAGAAGGAUAAGAAACCCAAGAAAAAAGCCCCAGGAAAUUUAGACAGCAAAUUGACAAGUGGUAGCAUUGUGAUCAGUGGUGUUGGGCCCUCAAGAGAAACGGAUGUUGACCACAUGGCGCGGCUGAUGCCUCCCGAGCUGUUUGGGGCGGCAGGACGGCCCCAGCUGCCGGCGGAUUUCAAGAUGAAAAAGCGCAAGAUCAAACCGAAGAUAGCGAAAAUGAAACUGCGAAAGGUGGCGCGCCCUGCCGGUGAUGGUACGACUUACAUUGUAAAAAUGAAGGACUACCUAGACCUUGAUCAAACGGCAAAUAUGCUGGACGUCAAAGUGAAAGGCUACAGCAAAGCCAAGAAAGCAAAGAAAGCCCCGAAGCUGAAAAAGAAGAAAAAAGUUGGUAAACACAAAUUUGUCACCAUGGAAGCAGAGUUCAGUGCCAUAGAAGAGCUUGCAUUCGACAACGCAGUUGACUACAUAGAACAAAAUGGCGUGAUAGAAGCAAGCGCUUGGUGUGAUGAUCGGGGGCUUACGGGCAUCGGGUCCUGGGCUAUGGACAGAUUAGACAAGCGAGAAUAUGGACUUGACAACAAAUUUAAGAGCAUAGGGAACGAUGGUCAUAACACUUACGUUUACGUUAUUGAUUCCGGGAUUCGUGCCAGCCAUUCUCAGUUUGAGGGACGCGUCAUUGCAGGGGAUGUGUUCGUGAAGGAGGACUCCGGAGAAACGACUCCUAGCACAGAGGAUAAUUAUGGACACGGGACCUUAGUGGCCAGUAAGUCCAAGAAUGGCUUUGAUAUUUAGCAGGCAAAUGGCGACAAA